AUGUCCGAUUACUUACAUUUCGUAGAUGCUAUCACUUAUUUUACGACGCUCAUGUGCGUUUUGAGGGCCGACUGCAUUGUCUUCCCAAUCUCUCCAAGAAAUUCGGCUGCUGCCGUUGCCCAUUUGCUCGGGAAAGUGGGGGUCGAUCAUGUUCUGGUUGGGCGCGAGGCCGCCAUGCAGGACCUGAUCGUGGAGUCACUGGCGAAAUUGAAGGAAACAUCCCCCUCUCAACCCUCCCCAACUUAUUCUCCGACGUUCAUCUUUGACGAAAUCUUCCUUCCGUCUUUUGAGGAGGCACUCGUUCUCAAACCUGAUGAGCUUCCACUCACCACACAAUCUAACGAUCCUGUGUUAUAUCUUCACUCGUCUGGUACGUUCUGGCACUACCCACAAGCCAUCGUUCGCUCAUGUCAUUUGGUCUUUAUUUACUAG